GGUAAUUAGGAGUGUUUUGGGUUAUUGGAGAUCAUUUUGUACUACUUGCCUGGGCAUUAAAUAUAAACCAAAAAUGUCUACUGAAGAUAGGCAGGUCUGUGAGGCAGUAGUUGAAAGGAAAGGGGUAGGACAGAGAGACAAAGAUGAUUCAGGAAUCAGUGAUUGUGGAUUGUCAUUAGGAAGCCCAUCAGCACAUUCAACUAAUUAUCCUGAGACACCGAGACAAACAACGAGAGCUAGUUCAAUUCCAGAGGGUGCAGAUAUGUGGUCGGUGUUAGCAGACUUGCUAAAGGAGGUUAAGGCUACUAGAGAAAGGGGAGAAAUACUCCAAGAAUCGUUAGAGAAGCGUUUACAAGAAACUAACGCAUCGUUAGAAAGGAAUUCACAAGAAAAUAGAGAAGAGGGAAGAAUAUCCCGAGAAUUAUUAGAGAAAGGUCUCAGAGAAUCACUAGAGAAGAGUUCGCAAGAAACAAGAGAAUCAUUAAAGGAAGAAUUACAAGAGAAUAGAGAAGAAGGAAGAAUAUUCAGAGAAGCAGUGGAGAGGGGUUUACAAGAAACGAGAGAAAGGGAAGAGAUGUUUCGUAAAUCAUUAAAGGAAGAUUUACAAGAAACUAAAGAAAGCCUGGAGUCAUUUAAGGAAACUAUAGCCCAAGAAAUCCAAAUGUCACAAAUGAAAAUAGAAUAUAAUCUGAAGAAGGAGAUACAGGAGCUACAAGAACAGUGGAAGAUGGACAUCGACGAAAGAGAGAGGAAGCUGCAGAAGAGCAUAGACCAGGUCCAGGGCGACGUGGAGAAGACGGAAGGAAAGCAAUUGAGGACCCACUACGAUGCAGACCACUUAGUAAUUGGAAAGGAGCGUCGGAAGAAUUUGCCAAACAUUCGUGGAAAUGGAACGAGAUUUUGGAACAACCCCUGA